ACGUGAACUAGCUGCUACUCACGUGACCGCGCGGCGGCGCGAUGGCGGUGCGGCUUUCGGUGUUCCUGUUACAGCUCGGGCUUGCUGUGAAUGGGCCUGCGCGGACAGGUGCUGCGAAGAUGAAGGUGGUGGAGGAGCCCAAUGCGUUCGGGCUGAACAAUCCGUUCCUGCCCCAGGCCAGUCGCCUGCAGCCUAAAAGAGACCCUUCGCCCUUGACAGGGCCAGCACAUCUCUUCAGACUCUCUGGCAAGUGCUUCAGCCUGGUGGAGUCCACGUACAAGUAUGAGUUCUGCCCAUUCCACAAUGUGACCCAGCACGAGCAGACCUUUCGUUGGAACGCCUACAGCGGGGUCCUUGGCAUCUGGCAUGAAUGGGAGAUCACCAACAACACCUUCAGGGGCAUGUGGAUGAGGGAUGGCGACUCCUGCCGAGCCCGAAGUCGGCAGAGCAAGGUGGAGCUUACCUGUGGGAAGAACAACCGACUGGCCCACGUGUCUGAGCCAAGUACCUGUGUCUAUGCACUAACGUUCGAGACCCCUCUUGUCUGCCAUCCCCACUCUUUAUUAGUAUAUCCAACCCUGCCGGAGGCCCUGCAACAGAGGUGGGACCAGGUGGAGCAGGACCUAGCUGAUGAGCUUAUCACUGCCCAGGGCUAUGAGAAGCUGCUGAGGGAGCUUUUUGAAGACGCUGGCUAUUUAAAGGCCCCAAGAGAAAAUGAACCCACACAGCAGGAAGGAGCAACUAGGGGUCUGGAGACUGAGACUCUGGAGAACUGCAACAAGGCACGUUCAGCGCUGUCAGAGGAGAUAGAGCGGCUCACCAGUCUGCUGAGCCUGCAUGGCAUCCCCCAUGAGAGGCCCACAGACACCUCCCAUGCUGAGCACUUAGCCCAGCAGUCCCCCACAGAUGUGACCUCAGAGCAGCUGCAAGGGGAUCCAGGACUUCGUGACAACACCUUAUGACAGGGAGUGGACACAAGGGAUAAAGAACGUCUGUCCAGACUUGGGCUGAGAACACUACUCCUGCUGGAUCUGCUGAGCCAGGUGGGGACGUGGAGGGAUGCUCUGGCCUAACUUUGUUGUACUCAAAAGACACAGACAAAGAUUCAAAGUUUUAAUUAAUUCCCAUACUGAUAAAAAUAAUUCCAUGAAUUCUGUAAACCAUUGCAUAAAUGCUAUAGUGUAAAAAAAUUUAAACAAGUGUUAACAUGUUUAAACAAUUCACUACAAGUAAAUGAUUAUGCAUUAUAAAUA